UGUAACAGUGAAAUAAGCAAAUAUGAGCACGUGCGCCUGCAGCUAGAGUGGGUCAAAUUGAACUUUGCGCCCACUCACAGCGCUCUAAGGACCAGGAUCAUCCUCAAAUGGUUUAUUCUUAAGCGGACACGCCUCCUAGUUCCAGCUUCCAGCACGACCUUUGACCUUUCUUAGCGUGAUCUUCCGCGCAGUAGCAUGCUGUGGGCGACAACACGCCGACUCUGCACACUGCGACAGUCCCACAGCCCGAGGAGCGCGCUCGUGACGUGGAGCAGAAACAUGUCGUGCUCCUGCGAAGUGAAGCCGGUGACUCUGCUGGGAACCAUGGCGUUCGGAGGCCGAGCUGACGAGGAGCAGAGCCGGGAGAUGGUGAAGACGUUCCUGGGCAGAGGACACAAACACCUGGACACGGCGUUCAUGUACACGGACGGAAAGUCGGAGGCCAUCAUUGGAGACAUGGCUCUUCUUCCUAAAGCAGUGAGCAUAGCUACUAAAGCUAACCCCUGGGAUGGGAAAACUCUGAAACCAGAGAGUGUGCGCUCCCAGCUGGAAACCUCUCUGCAGAGGCUGCGCACUGACUGUGUGGACCUCUUCUACCUCCAUGCCCCUGACCAUCAAAACCCCAUCCAGGACACGCUGAGGGCCUGCAAUGAGCUGCACAAAGAGGGGAAAUUCAAGGAGCUUGGCCUGUCAAACUAUGCAUCAUGGGAAGUGGCAGAAAUAGUUUGCAUCUGCAGACAUAACAACUGGCUUGUCCCAACUGUUUAUCAGGGAAUGUACAACGCCACAACGAGACAAGUUGAGACAGAGCUGCUGCCAUGUCUGAGAUACUGUGGAUUGAGGUUCUACGCAUAUAAUCCAUUAGCAGGAGGCCUUCUGACAGGAAAGUACCACUAUGAGGACAAAGACGGUUCUCAGCCUGCAAGUCGGUUCUUUGGGAACAGCUGGGCCGCGGCGUACAGAGACAGGUACUGGAAGGAGAGUCAAUUCCAGGCCAUAGAUUUGGUUCUGAAGGCUUUGGAGUCGGCAUACGGCUCAGAGAAACCCUCCCUGACUUCUGCUGCUAUCCGCUGGAUGUACCACCACUCCCAGCUGAAGGGGGAUCUUGGAGAUGGAGUCAUCCUUGGAAUGUCGAACAUUGAGCAACUUAAGCAAAACCUGGAUGCUGCAGAAGAGGGUCCUCUGGACCAGAGAGUUGUUGAUGCCUUCAAGGACGCCUGGAACCUUGUAUUUCACGACUGUCCAAACUACUUCAGAUGAAACGACUGCAAAUGUCAAAAAAGCUCCAGAAAAUUUCACUUGAUUUCUGCACUGAUUUGUUUUCUGAGAUAAACGGUAAUGGACCUUUCCUUUUUAAAUUCCUUAACUGUAUUCAGGUAAGGAAUUAAUUUUCACAAUAAAAGCUUUUUCCACUUAAA